UGCCGGCUUGAGAAAACGGUCGCAUGACCACGGCCAAGGUCUUGUCGGGCCCCGUGCCUCCGGGUCCUGCGAACGGCGAUGUUCGGCGAGGGCCGUACCCAGUACGCCGCAACGCGUUCAUUCUGAGCGUCAGCCUCAUCUGUCUUCUCAACGUGCUAUGCAUGCCGAUGAAAGCCUACCUCUCGGAAGACGUACCGUGGGGGCCUCUCAUUGAGCGUCCGGUCUUUCCCAACUACUCGAGCUUCAACACGGCGAUUCUUGCGAGAUACCAAGCCGAGUACGCCUUCGACCGACUUCCCAACACGAGCACGUACUUUAACGAUGCGUCGAGCGAUGUCCAAGUUGUGCGGCUCGCUUUGGACCUCAAUCAACACGUUCCCGUCGCUGUCGAGGACUGCGUUGGCUCGUUUCUUCUCGGUAUGCCUGGCGUGAUCUACUUUACGUCGUCUGUCCGCACUCUCCUGUGCGCACUCGGCGCAACCGACCGCGUGGUACCGGCGCAGUGGCACAACAAAGGUCUGUGCGCCUACGACAUGUAUUUCACCAUCAACUUGGGCCACCAAUGUGUCUGGCUCGAGUUUGACCCGGCCCAACCAAGCACGCUUGUCGUCGUGAGCGCUCUGGUCAUGUACACGACGUAUGCAUGGCGCUGGUUCAAGUUUGUCUUUCGGAUUCUGGUGACGCUGCGCAUUCUACAUGUGGUCUGGACCGACUACUACAUUCAUUGCUACGCGCUCGAGCAUGCGUUCGCGACGCGCGGGCACUUAACCAAUAUGCCCGAUGGCGACUGGAGUUACGAGGUGCUCUGGGGGGAUCCCACCGCAUUUGUCUUGCUGCAUCCGGAAAUUGCACUGGCCUUUGUCAUCGACUAUUGGCUCAGCGUCGACGUCGUCACAGUCGUGAUUGUUCGCGCCAGUCAGAACGACGAUAUUGUCGUCAUGUUGACGGCGUUUCUGUACCUCUCGCGGACCGUUUGGUUUGCGUAUGCUGCGAUGGGCCUCACCUCGUUCGUGCUCAAGCGCUCGCACAAAGAGCAUUUGUUCGCCGAAGUCGACUUGACGCUUGUCGCGAUUGGCGCUACGUGCUAUGGCCCGGCUGCGUCGUGGGCCUCUGGCAACGUCGCGUUUCUUCUGCAAACUUUUCAAUUCUUCUUUGAAGCCAUCGUGCCAUUGGCAGCCAAAGGCCAGGAGUUUGAGGGCUGCUUGUCGUCGCUCGUGUAUACCAUCAUGCUGGCGUCGAUGCCGAUCAUGUAUGGCUUUACUCGGCCGCUCCUACGUCGUCGUCAGCCGCCCACGGUGGACCCGGCGCGCUAUAGCAGCUUUCUCUACAACGGCUUCAAGACGCGUCUUGUGUUUGCUGCGCUGCACCACUGGACCCGCGACUACCGGGCGGGCAUUCCGUCGGUCGGCGGCUCGAUCUACGCGCUCUUCGACUCGAAUGCACGCUACAAACAGUAUCCCACGACGCGCUUUCGCGGACCCGACUGUUUUGUGCACUGCUACUGCAAUGGCAAGCUGGUCGAGAUCCUUCGCCUGAGCCUUCUCGUCGGUCUAGACCGGAAUGGGAACGCACCAAACGUAGUGAUCGCGACGAGCGACCAGCCGUCGCUGUAUACAGUCCACACGAUUCAGCUGCCAACCAGUGAGAAGCAGAAAAUGCCGCUUUUGCGCUGCCCGUUAACCCCAAGUGCGUGGUGUCUUUAAUUUCAUGGUCAACAUUGGUUGACUCAAUGUUGAAGAGAAUGACGUUUCGUAAUA